AUCAAAUGGGAUAUCAUGUCCUGGACUCCAGAUGGCUAUGUAGCAGUAGUAACAAUGACCAACUUCCAAAUGUAUCGGCACAUAAUGAGCCCUGGCUGGCGCUUAGGGUGGGUAUGGGCUAAGAAAGAAGUGAUCUGGUCAAUGGUGGGAGCCCAAGCGACUGAUCAAGGAGAUUGUUCUAAGUUUAAAGGAAACAUCCCACACUGUUGUAAGAGGAACCCCACAGUUGUUGACUUGCUCCCUGGAGUCCCAUACAACCAACAGAUUGCCAAUUGCUGCAAAGGAGGUGUUGUGUCCUCAUGGGGCCAAGACCCGUCAGCUGCAGUUUCCUCCUUUCAGCUGAGUGUUGGUCUUUCUGGUACUUCCAAUAAAACAGUUAAACUGCCUAAGAAUUUCACUUUGCUUGGUCCUGGUCUGGGCUACACAUGUAGCCAAGCAAAAAUAGUACCACCCACAGUUUUUAUCUCAGCUGAUGGUCGACGAAAAACUCAAGCAUUGAUGACAUGGAAUGUGACAUGCACGUACUCUCAGAUCCUGGCUUCACGAUAUCCAACCUGUUGUGUCUCGAUGUCAUCUUUUUACAACUCUACAAUUACUCCUUGUCCAACAUGUUCUUGUGGCUGCCAAAACAGGAAUAAUUGUGUCUCGAGUAAUUCAGAGAUCAGAACUGUUGUAGGAACGAAUGCAUCAACGAGCCAAAAUACCAACACCAUAAAAUGCACAAAUCACAUGUGCCCAAUUCGUGUGCAUUGGCAUGUGAAGCUCAAUUACCAGGCGUAUUGGCGAGUCAAGAUGACCGUCACCAAUUUCAACUACCAGAUGAACUAUACACAGUGGACGCUUGUUGCUCAACAUCCAAAUCUCAACAACAUCACUCAAGUUUUUAGCUUUGACUACAAGCCUCUCAUCCCAUACCAAUCUCUAAAUGACACUGGUAUGUUCUAUGGUUUGAAGUUCUAUAAUGAUGUUCUAAUGGAAGCCGGACCAGAUGGAAAUGUUCAGUCAGAGUUGAUUCUUCAAAAGGGCAUGAAUACAUUCACAUUUAAGCAGGGUUGGGCUUUUCCCCGGAAAAUAUACUUCAAUGGUGAUGAAUGCAAGAUGCCAGCUCCUGAUGAAUAUCCUUACCUACCAAAUUCUGCCAAAUCAAAUCUAAUUUCAUCAUUUACAAUGGCUACCUUCAUGAUUCUGGUUUUGCUAGUCUUUUGGUGAUAAUUUGAAGAGCCUGAAACCAGGGAAAUUAAGCUGAAG